AUGCAACCAAAUCACUACGACUUUUUGGGUCAGGUGCGCGAGCCUAGAGCCGCAAGUCGGAUGACGCGCGAUGGCCAGCCGCUGCGAGAUCACAGUGGUCAGCCUCAGCCAUCCGGUGCGGCGCCCAUGAGAUCAGAGGAUUCUUGGAUCGAUGUAUCCUCACAGCCAUCCACUUCCUCCUUCUCCUCGGCCGCAACCACGGAUGAUAUUAUAACAACUGGACUACGAGUCGAGCAAGGAGGCUCGGCAGCUUAUCGACACCGUAAUCGCCGACGCCGGCUCCAACAUCUAGCUGCAAUCACCACAGCACAGGUUGACUAUUCAUCGCGAGACGCUAGCCAUGCCAGCAGCAGCCAAGAAGAAUAUGAAGAAAGCGAAAGCGAGUCCGAUCGAGUACUCAGCAGCUCAAAUGAAGAUAUGAACCAUCCAACAAUCCCAGCUGCUAUUGCACUUCGAUCUCCACUACCUUCGUCGAGUUCAGAUGCUACAUCUAGCGACGAUGAAGAUGACACCUCUACUGCCCUAGGGAUGGGCAUAAGCCCAUCACCCUUUGUCCCUCAACCCAGCAUAUUCACGCAUCCUCCCCCCACAUCAAAUCCAUCAUCCAAUCAUGCACCCAACCCUCGACGUGCCCAUUCCGAUGUUCCAGCUGCUUCGAACCGCCGUUCAGCUCCUCGAAGAGAAUCUUACCCCAAUCCAAGAUCUCCCCGGCGGUCUCAAUACCAGCACAGCCCGUACAAUAUGAUUUCACCCUCUCACCAUGCUGACCAUGAUGCCGCUCUCCGCGCUAGUCUGUCAACUCUGCUUUCAUGUGCUGCCGCUGCCCGAGGAUUACCAAAGCACGAUAGCCAACCCCCACAAGCUGCACCAACAAGAGGCGCUCGACCUGCUUCUUUCCGACUUGUUGGGGAGUCAGUCGCCAUGGGAGAAGAGAGCGACAACGAGGAGACCUCUGCACCACAGUACCCAGAACCGGUCCCUUCCGCAGGUGCCCCAAGACAUCUUCGGGCACCAACAGUGGCAUCUGGGCCGGCCGCAGCAAAAGCAAAACGACGGUCAAGUUCGCCUAAAGACCGCAGUGUAGUUUCAAAGAAAAGCCGGCGCGCAAGCAUGGCCGACUCAGCAACCCCGGUCAGUCCCACUAUAAUGACCUGGGUCAUCAGUGCCGGUGUGGUCGUACUGUUUUCGGCUAUCAGCUUCUCAGCCGGAUACAUGCUCGGUCGUGAGGUGGGACGAACGGAAGUCGGCAUGAUGAGCGAUGGUACUCCAGUCCCUCGCCCCUCAACUAGUUGUGGACAGGAAGCCGUCAGAGGCGGACUUCGAAAAUUGCGUUGGGGUUCGGCGGCCGCAGGAACAGCCAGCCUUGCAUAA